AUUGCACAGUCUCCCUGCAGUCGCCGGAUUCAUUCGAUGCAACGCAAGCCGCCAGUCGAAGCGGACACAAAUUUGCAUAAAGAGCAAGUCCAAGCAAGAAUUAAUGCUUCCAAGGUCAAAUUCUCGCUGUUAUUACUGGCUUUGAUGUCAGUGGUGGCUGUUCUUUUUGGAUUUCUGGCACUCCAAAGUUUACUUGCAAUCCAGUGGAAAUCUGCUGCUACCGAAUCUUCUGGACAUGGCGAAGAUAGUUCCACGAUGACAUUGCGAACCGUAGUGGUUUAUGAGGUUGCAAGCUCUCUAUCCCUGAUCGCCGUGACAACCUCAAUUUCCACCUUCCUGCUUUCCACUUUGCAAUUGUUUUUCGCCCUUAAAUUCUUGAAAACCAGUCCUACCUCCGUAAAAAGGUUAGUAAAUCCAGAUUCUAAUAUCUGA